AUGACGGAUCGCUCGGCAACACCCUCGACCAAUCUAAACAAUGCCGACCUGUUGACUGCAAACGCCACCUUGUUAGCGGAAAACCAACGGAUGGCUGAGCUUCUGGAGGCCCUACAAAAUAACGACGAGCACAAGGCCAAUAAGAAAGCGAACACUGACCAACACGAGGAACAUCAGUCAGAGUCGAACGCGAAGACGGGAGAAACCAAUUCUAAAACGACGAGACGAAGAACAAACCCCUUUUCAGCAGAAAUAAUGGGCAAAAUGCCCACGGGCUUUACACUCCCAAUGACUUUAACGCCGUACAAUGGGAUCGGAGAUCCUAAAAUCCAUGUUACAAAAUUUGAAUCAAUGAUGUUUCUCAAUAGUGACUCCGAUCCCAUCUUGUGUCGGUCAUUCCCUACUUUUUUAGAUGGAGCCGCUUUGUUAUGGUUUUCUAACUUACCUGCAGGAUCAAUAACGAACUUUGACGAGUUCGCUAAACUAUUCAUAAAUCAUUUUGCAGCAUCUAAAAUUUACGCACGAGACUCGGACUAUCUCAGCACGAUCAAACAAGGGCAACACGAAAGCCUAAAGGAGUAUAUGAUGCGGUUCACAGAAGCGGCCAUGCAAAUCCCCGACCUUAGCCCCGAAGUACAGCUGCACGCAAUCAAAAGUGGUCUCCGCCCUGGGAAGUUCCAAGAGGCCAUAGCAGUAGCAAAAUCAAAAACACUGGAAGAAUUCCGAGAAGAAGCUCAGGGUCAGAUUGAAAUUGAAGAGCUAAGGGAAGCACGAAAGAGCGAGAAGCCAACCAAAAAAGAAGAAGAAAGGCCUCAUCGGCCCUCAAACAAAGACAUCAGAAAACCAUUCAAAUUAACACCAAAAUUUGACACAUAUACAAAAUUCAACACAAGGAGAGAAGACUUAAUCAAAGAAAUCAUGCACAACAAAUUGAUCAAACCACCAGUCCGGGCAGGAUCAUACCAAGACCAGAAAUAUGUGGAUAAAAGCAAACACUGUGCCUUUCACCAAUAG